AUUUUAUCAUUAAAGUUAUACAUGUUGUUCCGUGAUAUUUUAGUUAUGUCCGAAUAUUAUAUAUAUAUAUAUAUAUAUAUAUAUAUAUAUAUAUAUAUAUAUAUAUAUAUAUAAUGAAGAAAUGGAAGGAGUCAGUUUCGUUAUUUUGCCAUAUGUAUUACUACGAACCUAAACAACCGCCAAGCCACAACACAACUCUCAAGGCGUUCUUCCUUCUUAUUUUCUCCUUUCUCUCUCUUAGAAUUUGAAUUGGCAAAUCUCUCAGGUGAAUCAAACAGAAGAAUCAUGGCGACGAGGACGGUGAGAGUUACCAAUGUCUCCUUGAGCGCGACAGAGAAAGAUUUGAGAGACUUUUUUUCCUUUUCCGGUGAAAUUGAAUUUGUCGAAAUGAGAAAUGACAAUGAGCGAUCUCAACUUGCAUUUGUUACCUUUAAGGAUCCAAAAGGGGCAGAGACGUCGAUUCUACUCUCGGGAGCUACAAUUGUCGAUCAGCCAGUAAGCAUUUCUUCGGCUCCAGAUUACAACCUUCCUGCAGUUGAUGCCAGUGCCCCUGUAGCUGUACCCGUGUCUACUCCUGCUAUAGACAACACAACCUCUACUACUACUACUGCUGGAUCUGCAAUCCAAAAGACAGAGGAUGUUGUCAGCAGCAUGCUAGCCAAAGGCUUCACUUUGGGCAAAGAUGCCCUUAAUAAGGCGAAGUCUUUCGACGAAAGGCACCAAUUGACUUCGACAGCCUCAUCCAAAGUUGCUUCUCUGGACCAAAAAAUCGGCCUUAGUGAGAAAAUUAGUGUUGGCACAACCGUGGUGAAUGAGAAAGUGAGGGAAAUGGAUGAGAAGUUUCAAGUGUCUGAGAAGACUAAGGCAGCCGUGAGUAAUGCUGGAUCAGCUUUAAUGGCUAACCGCUACGUCUUAACCGGGGCUUCCUGGGUUAGCCAGACAUUUCAACGAGUCGCAAAAGCUGCUGUAGAUGUUAGCCAGAAAACGAAGGAGAAGGUUUUAGCUGAGGAGGAUCAAGGGAAACAUGUGGGAAAUUCUUCUUAAACUCAUUCCAAGAAUUGCUGCGCUCCAAUAUAUCAAAAUCCAUAUAUAUUUGGCCAAAACAAUGUGAGGACCAAUUCUCUUAGCUUCCUAUUUUUUAUCUCAGUUUGAUGUAAUUUUAAUGCUUUAUUUUAGUUUUAGUAUUAGGAUUAUACAUACAUAUACGCUAAAUUACAUGCUUAUGUUGUAAUUCAAUUGUAAGAAAAGCAUAUCUAUAUUCAUAUAUAUAUAUAUAUAUAUAUAUAUAUGCUUUGUGA